AUGAUUUCUCCAUACUUCAGUUAUAUGACUUUUGCCUUUGUGAUAAUAGCUGUGAUUCUGCGCAUACAGCAAACAAAUGCUAAAUGCGACGAAUGUGGACCCAAUUCCGUUGCCUGCAUUUCAAACUCAUCGUUUCAUUUGUGUUACGACAAAAUACCCGAUACAAGUCAGACCUUUAGUUGUGUGAGUGGAGCAAUAUGUACGCAACUGUCUAUGGUAUGUAUAGCAGCAGAAAGUGGGGUUGAACCCGAUUGUCUCCCUAAAACAGCCUGCUCCAAAUGUGAUGAAAACCAACUUUUCACUUGCACAAGUAGCACCACAUAUGCCAGGUGCAUUGAUGGCCAAGUGCAAAGUGUCUCAUAUAAGUGCCCUCGCCACCUAUUUUGCGAUACAAGGACUUCUGAGAUUUGCGUUGAUGAGUGUCACCUUGAUUUGGGAAUGCCAGAAUGUGAUUUGGAUGAACCAUUAAUAGGUCCAAAAGUUUGA